CGGUGGGUACAAAGAACAACCCUCCAUUUAUUAUUGCGUUUAUCAUCUCUUGGGUAUCCCGCAGCAUACCUUAAACAUGGCCGGAAGUCCAGUUGCCACCGUCGUACCACCACUUGCCCAGAGUGUUCAAGAAAUGUCUGUGAAUGGGAAUGAGCCACCCCCACAAUACUUCCUUAAAGAAAACAGUAUCCAGCCUAUGGAUUCGUUUCUGCCAUCGGAUCCAAUUCCCAUCAUCGACAUCAGUCUCCUCUCCUCUUCGUCGCUAUCUUCUAAAGGAGGAGAAGAAGAGCUACAGAAACUUAAAUCAACUCUCACUUCAUGGGGCUGCUUUCAGGCGGUAGGCCAUGGACUUUCAAGUUCAUUUCUGGAUAAAGUACGGGAAGUUGGAAAGCAAUUCUUUGCACUUCCGGUGGAAGAGAAAGAAAAGUACUCUAGGGCAACUGAUGGUAUCGAAGGUUAUGGGAAUGACCCUAUUCUUUCAGAGAAUCAAGUGCUCGACUGGUCAUAUCGCUUGUUUCUCAGGCUACAACCAGUGGAUCAAAGAAAGCUUCGACUUUGGCCGGAGAACCCAACUGAGUUUAGAGAGGUCUUAGAUGAAUAUGGCACAAAGGUAAAGAUUAUAAUGGAUGUUCUCUUGAAGGCCAUGGCAAAGUCACUGAAUCUGGAAGAGAAUAGCUUCUCAAGUCAAUUUGGAGAGCGAGCAGUGAUGCAGACAAGGUUUAAUUUCUAUCUGAGUUGUCCGAGGCCUGAUCUGGUUCUUGGUGUUAAACCUCAUUCAGAUAGAUCAGGAAUCACUGUCCUUCUGCAAGACAAAGAAGUAGAAGGUCUUCAAGUUUUCAAAGAUGAUAAAUGGUUUAAGGUUCCUGUAAUUCCCCACGCUCUUGUUGUCAACCUUGGGGAUCAGAUGCAGAUAAUGAGUAAUGGAAUAUUCAAGAGCCCCAUACACAGGGUUGUGACAAACUCAGAAAGGAUGAGGAUAUCAGUAGCUAUGUUUAAUGAACCUGAGCCAGAGAAGGAAAUUGGACCGGUGGAGGGCUUGAUAGAUGAGAAAAGGCCAAGAUUAUAUAGAGACGUGAAAAAUUAUGCUUCUUUCAACUUUGAGUGCUUUCAAAAAGGGGUGGUACCACUUGAAUCAGCAAAAAUAUGAGUCUCAAUUCUCAUUGUCUUCAUAUCCUCUGUUUUUCCAGAAAAGGGUGAGAAUUCUAUUUCUUGUUCAGAACUAGUUCAACUAAAAUCUCUGAGCUUAUGUUAUUGAGUCAUGUGAUCUUCAUCUGCAAAACAGGCUUAGAGUAUUUUAAUCUAUAUAUAUAGAGUGGGAUCUAAUUGACAUAUCUUGAGGCAUUAUCACAGAGUGAGCUUGUGCAAUCUAAUGAUUGUAAACAACUUCCCUUCUUAGUUGUGUAGAAAGCUGCAAUGGAGGCUAAUAUGAUCAUA